GUUUCUAAACAAUAAUCGGUUUAAAAUAAAAUAAAUGUUUUUACAUGAAAAAUCAGGAUUUUUCGUUUGUUUUAGACAUUUUUGGUUUGUUUCUAUGAUCUUUAUCAUAAACAAUUUAAUCUUAAACAAUUACUAUGUAGCUGUCACAUAUGGGUAUUGACAAUGGUAUUGUGAAUUUGUGAGCUCCACACUUCACAAGAAGGAAACAAUCAGAUCAACUUCAAGACUGUGGAAAUAACAACAAACUCACCACAAUAUCUGUUUAAUUUGAAAUCUACUUGUAUCAUGUAGCAAAGUAUCGCUUCUUUAGAACACACUGGCCGCACAUACAUUCAAAAAGAUUUAUUUUAUUGUGUAAUUUAGUCGCUAUCUUUUAGAUUAAAUAUAAACGAUACAGGUUGCUUAUCUCUCACUAAGAAACCAUUAAAGUGUAUCACCAUUCACACACCGGCAGCGAGUCAUGCACAUCGUUAUCUAUUCAGGCAAACAGUAUUUAACAAAUCGAGUAUUUCAUUUAGUCUCAUACAUGAUCGUUUCGCGGUAUACCGUUUAGGUCGAUCGACGAAGAUUCACCUUGUUUAGGCGCGCGCGAGACCAGAACGAAGAUGUGGGGCGUGCAGCGACGCGUGGCCCUCGACGUGGCCAUGGUGUGCUGGGGGCUGGGCACCUGGCUGGGAGUCAACGGGCUGUACGUGCAGCUGCCCCUGCUGGUGGAGCGGCUGCCCGAGGGCUGGGCGCUGCCGGCCGGCAUGACGCUCGCGGUGCAGCUCGCCAACGUCGGCCCGCUGCUGUACGCCGCGCUGCGCAGCCUGCUGCCCUCCCUCGCCGAGAACCUCUGCAUCUACGCGCUGCUGCUCGUCGGCGCCCUCGCGCUCCUGCUCAACGCGUUCCUCCACCCGCAGACCGCGGUGGUGGGCGGCACCGAGCGGUCGGUCGCCUUCCUCGCGCUCACCUUCUUCGCCGGCCUCGUCGGCUGCACCAGCUCGGUGCUGUUCUACCCGUACCUGAGGCACUACCGGGACGUGUACCUGGCGACGUACCUCGUCGGGGAGGGCCUCAGCGGGUUCGCGCCGAGCGUGCUGGCGCUCGUGCAGGGCGUCGGCGGCGAGCCGGAGUGCGUGCCCUCUCCGGACAACUCGACGCUCGCGGCGGUGUACCCGCCGCCGCGGUUCGACUCCACCGUGUUCAUGGCGGUGCUGAGUGCGCUCGCGGCGCUGAGCCUGGUCGGCUUCGCGUCGGUGGACCGGUGCUCGGCGUUCCGGACGGAGCGCGCGGCGCCGACGGCGCUGGCGAAGAGCUCGGAGGCGGAGGCGGAGGCGGAGGCGGAGGCGGCGGCCGGGUCGCUGCUGCGGCCGCAGUGGGUGGCGCUGCUGGCGCUGAUGCUGGCGCUGAACGCGCUCAUGAACGGCGUGCUGCCGUCGGUGCAGUCGUACUCGUGCAUGCCGUACGGCGCGCGCGCGUACCACCUGGCGGCGGCGCUGGGCACGGUGGCCAACCCUCUGGCGUGCCUGGCAGGGGUGUGGCUGCGGCCGCUGUCGGCGCCGGCGCUGGGCGCGCUGCUGGCGCUGGCGCUGCCUCCGCUCGGGUACAUUCUCGCCACGGCGCUGCUCAGCCCCGCGCCGCCGCUCCUGCACUCGCCCGGUGGGGAAUUCUUGGUGGUGUUGUCGUGGGUAGUGGUGACGGGCGUGGUGUCGUACGGCCGCAUGUGGGUGUACGGGUGGGCGCGGCGCGGGGGCGCGGGCGGCAUGCGGGCCACGGGCGGCGUCACGCAGGCGGGCUCCGCGCUCGGAUCCCUGCUCAUGUUCGCGCUCGUCACAUACACGCGACUCUUCACGCAGCCCCAGGCCUGCCCCGACCCGGUCACCUUGACCCAGCGCUCCUAGAACUAUCAACUUGAAGACUCUUCAGUCGCGAGAAUUUCGACGAUGGAUGGUGCGGCUGCGAGUACCUUUUUUUUGUGUCUGGAAAAUGCCUUACGCAUUCUUCGACCACUGGGAGAGCGAGAAGAAGGUAUGCGGGACUCCUCCCUGUCCUCUUCGGCCAGCCCUGGAGCUCGCUGAUGUGAACAGGGCCACUGAAAACCAGACAAUACUCCUGCACCGUCCCCCGACACGCACUAUGAGGACCGCGGUCCCCCUAGUGCGUGCCGAGAGGGCGGGUGUGGUCGCGAACCCGUCUCCGAAUGGCCGCGCACCCGCCAGGUCGGCUGCGAGUACCUCGGCUUCGGUGAAGGUUCUUCGUUCGCGAGGUAUAGAUGUGUUCAAAUGUUACACCGCGAAUUAUAUAUUUUUUUGAAAGACAUUUUUAUUAUGAUUCUCGAUGGAGAAUCGGCCAUCCGAGUGCUGAGCGCUGGAAAACGUUAAAUAAACCUCGAAUAGAGCUUUUACCGUUUAAUACGGGAUCUCGGCCAAACCCGGUGAAGGUCACCCGCGACUAGUGUUGCCAGGUGUCCCGAUUUGCGCGGGAACUCGCGGUUUUCAGGGGUCUGGGGACGCGUCCCGAUUUGGACCUGACGGGGACGCUAAAUGUCCCGAUUAAUCAAAAAAUAAAAUUUAGCUAAUUAAUGUAAUAUAUACUUGCACUAGUACUUUAAAACGCAAUAAAUUAAAUUCAGACUUGUUUUUUGUUUACUGUCCCAAUCUACAACCCUGAAACCUAUUUUUUUGACCUCAUGUACCGAUUUAAAACAAACCGGACCUGGCAACACUACCCGCGACCUAUAGCUUAGUUUAAACUACUUAAUUCAUAAGUGUACAAGACUUUAUGUUUUGAUAUUUCACUCUAUACGUAGCGAUGACAGCGCCUUCAUUCGUUAUGUUACAAUGAAGUACUUAAUAGUAUUUAUUUAUAUUAUAGUUUCCGUUGACUUCUAAUUCCCUGUAUAUUAUUAUAUAUUAAUUUACUUUAUCUAUAUCCAUGCUUUAAAAUCUCUAUUAAAGCUUCUGAUACAGUUAACUUAUUUCCAACAUUAAAACUUCCAGUCAUAAUUAAAAAAAAAAACAAUAUAAACCGUUUAUGUUUUUAACACGCUUUUAUAAGGUCGACCUAUGUAUAACUAUGUAAUGGAAUCUCAGAAUCUGAAUUACACGUAGUUCUAAUUCUUGUAUCAUCAUGAAACUUGGCAAUUAUAUGUAGAUUAGAUCAUCAUCAUCAUCAUCAUUUCAGCCGAAAGACGUCCACUGUUGGACAUAGGCCUCCCCCAUGGAUUUCCACAACGAUCGGUCCCAUGCUGCCCGCAUCCAGCGGCUUCCCGCGACCUUUACCAGAUCGUCGGUCCACCUUGGGGGGGGGGGGGGGGGGGGGGGGGGGGGGCUGCCAACACUGCGUCUCCCGGUACGCGGUCGCCACUCGAGGACCUUUCCGCCCCAACGGCCAUCGGUCCUGCGAUUAGAUGACAAUACAAUAUUAUGGUACCAUCGAGCUGGUCUGAUGAUGGGACUGAAAGGUGGCUGAUGAAACCUUGGUCUGCCUACUAGUAAACAUAUCGAGUUUGGGCUCAUUAGAUUCGUCUUAACAUGUUCUGUUCAUUUUCCCGGUGAUGACUGAAACUAAAAAGAGUAAAAUAAAUUAGUGGCUUACUCUAAGGCCCUAAUGAAGUGAACAGACAGUAUAUUUUUGGCUUUUUAGUGCAGUAAAUAAAAGCGUGUUUUUAGUUUUUUAAACUAUUUUUUUUUUAAUAAAUUUCAUUAUAACACUCCUUCGCUUUUUAAAUCCCUUCCGCGCUGAAAGAUUACUCAUCAGACAGCCACAAUUUUCACUGCUUGAUGCAUGGUACAUAUUAUGAAUUUCAAAAAAAGAACAUUGUCAUUCACGCGCGUUUCACUACCACAACGUUGAAACUUGAUGAAUUUUCAAUUCUUAGAAUACAUUUGUCGUUCUAAGAAUGAAGGUUUCAGAAUUUUUUAUAGCGGAUUCAUAUCAUGGAUGUAGAUAAAGUCUUGUAUGCAACUGUUCGUAAUUACCUAGGUAUUAAAAUACUAAUGUGAUACUAUUAUCAUAAACCAUAUUAUGAUAAACCCACAUUCGUAUUUUAAUACGCAUUUUACAACAGUUGCAUAAGUAAAUAUUAUUAUUUUGCGCGGGUGAUUCAAACACAAUGGCGACUGUGAAGUUAGCGUAAUUCGCGGUGCGGUGAACAAAAUGUAGGGUCAUUGACAGGAGGGCGUUGCUGGUAAAACAAGUGGUGAAAUGAGAUACAUAUUAAAUAUGUAAAAUCUCACUAAAGUAAGUGUUAUAAUUAAUAACAACUCGGAAAGAGUAAUAGGAAAUAUAAAAGUCUUAUUUGCACCUUCCUGUACUAAUAAAAGGCUUUUAUAUCUGUACAAGCCAUUUUAAUUAUAUCUUCUUAAGUUUUGCAUUCCGAGUCGAUGCACUCUAAAAGUCUAAACUGCUGACACAGUUGACCCAGUAAUUAUUUUAAGAAGGAAAUUUUACAUUUUAAGAUAGUGCAAUAAAGGCAUUCACAUCAUAUUGACGUAUUUUGAUAAUUAUCUCCCGACGAUCGUCUUGUGACGUCAUUGACAUAUUGACAGUCGUUAGGGUCCUAGUAACGGCCCCUACAAUACCUUUUUAAAUUAGUUCUGAUUUCGGCCGCGCGCCACAAGAACUUGGGUCACCUUCGAUCAACUCGAAGUUGGUCACACUCGCUCGGAAGUUGCGCUCGCUGCUUACUUCACAGCUGUCAUAUAGUUUGAAUCACAUUAUAACUCAUAUAUUCAAACGUCAACAGGCCCGCACUCAAGGAGUCAUGCCUAUAAUAAUAAAGAAGAGAUCUUAUUUCCUUCUGUUUUGAACUUUUAAUUAAGUUAACUGCAACAUAGAAUAAUUAUGUGAUAAUAAAUAAAACAGACACUGAGACUUCACAAAUCUUAUAAUGUCCUAAAUUUUAUUUAUUUAAAGGAGUAGUGCUUAUGUAUAGUUGAAGGAAUUUAUAUUUACUUGUUGUUCCUCGUUUGAUACGUAUAUUUAAGAUAUUUCCUAUAAUCACAAAGAAAUACUCUUUAUUUGGUAUCAGUUGAUUUAUUACCCAACUUUUAACGAGACUAUUAACUUUAAACCAGUGUCCACAAGAGUAAAUAGCGUUGUUACUAAACUAGCGUAUAAUGGAGCUCAUCAUGCCAUACAAAACGGUGCUUACUAAAUCUAAUGAUAAAGAUUUAGUUAUUUUUUUUAAAAAGCAUGUAACUGCUUAAUGUUUAAAUCUAAAGAAAAUAUAACUAGAAAAAAUUCCACGCGGACCAGGCAGCAGCAUUAUAACUAUAAUUGCUAUUUCUUCUUUCAAAUGUUUAAUACUUGUAUAAGUAUUCAUUUGACAUUGUGGGUUACCUAUAAUGCGAAGAGAUGGCGAUGCCUUGCAGUUUAAGAAUGGCUAGAGGAAUUUCGAUGCGGUCCGCGAGGACCGCGGUAGCAUAAUUGGUCAGUGCAUUCGCCCGGAUUGCGAAGGGUGCGGGUUCGAGUCCCGUCUGCUGCCUGGUCCGCGUGGAAUUUUUUCUAGUUAUAUUUUCUUUAGAUAAAGAUUUAAUUAGAAUCGUUUUGGUUUCAACUGCCAUCAACGUCAGCAGACAGGGUAUUUCAUUCCACCAUCAGUCGAACAAAUUUUAAAUUUUAUCUCAUCAUAUCUCAUGAAGUAAAUAUGAUUGUCAUUCUUUGCUAUUUGAUAAAUAUUAAUAGCAUUGUAUGAAUUAUAGAAAUUUAGAAGGUGCAUUAUAUAUUUGUUUCUUAGGUUUUCACGCACAUCACUCAUUAAAUAAAACUAGUUUUAACGGGUUAAUGCACGUACUUUAUUUAUUUAUUUAUUGACGUUUCGCAGCCUUUUCAGGUCUGCAUAUUCAGAUUAAUGAUUUUUUAUUUACUUUUUAAAGCUACCGUCGAAAAACGAAACGUCAAUAAAUAAAGUUUGUGCAUUAACCCGUUAAAACUAGUUUUAUUUAAGUAAAGGUGCAUUAUUAUCAAAUGCUUGCACCUGCUCGGAGAUAAAUCGAAAGUUCAAUCACGCGGCUGCAUUUGUUUCAAGUAUAAAUGGAUUUUAUUUUGACAAUGUUGCGCAGUAUUUAGUGUAAAAGUUACAGACUCUAAAUAAGCCUGCGAACUUUAGUUGUAGUAUAGGUAAUAUGUAUAUAGUUAUAGAUGACCGCAGCUCAAAGAGCGUGCGAGCGAUGUGAUAAACUUGUACCAAAAGACAAGGUAGGCGACUUGCAGCUUAGAAAUACUGUUCUCUGAUAUGGAGUAGAAGCAAGCCAUUGAAUGCUCCAUGACUAAAGGCAUUUGUAUUACUAUCAGAGAUGAGCAUCUCUAAAACUGUCAAUCGCAUCUCUGUGGGACGUAAUAGUGUAACUUUAACUCCUUCCGCGAAAUUAGCUUAAAUAAUGUCAUAUUGACACUUGCUUAAGUUUUGAACGGCUUCGCGGAAAGAGUUGAAGUAGAAAAAUAGCCCACUGACCAAGGGUGACCGAUAACAACCAAAAAUUUUCUUUGUAUCUACCGACGGCCAUAUAUUUAGUUACCAGAAAAUGUAUAUUUGCUCAAUAGAUUUUGAAUCUUAAAACAAUCUAAAUAAAGCUCGAAUUCGCAUAAAUUUGGAUAAGUUGACAUGUGGCUGUGCGUAAAAUCUUUUGUAUGAAAUAUGAGUUUAGUUAGUGUUCAGAAACGAUGGUCGUAUCGGUUCUCUUUCGCAGCAGACAGCAGCGCCCCUAGCGGAAACUGAAGUUCCAAAGUUUUGGUUUUUUCUUAAUUAUUCUCCUAGUAUGUGGAAAGUUAUAGAUCUUAUCAUCUCUUAUCUAUUAGACAAGUCCGUCCGUCCGUCUAUCUGUGGUGCUGUUUCAGCGGCCAAACCGUAAGAGAUAGAUAAAGAGAAUGUUUAAGUUAUAAGUUAAGAAUAGUCUGAUAAGACUACAAACCGGAUUUGAGUAACGUAGCACUUCCGGUUUUCGAGAAAUCACGAAUUUCAAACGAAACCACACAAAAUCCCCGAAGUUCUCAAUUAAUUAAAUACAUUUUUUUUUGGUGAACAUUUGGUUCACUGGUUUGCUAGUUGAGUUAUAAUUUGCUGCAAAUAAAAUUAAUAACUAUUUAUUGAUUUAUUUUACAUGGCAUCCUAUAACUUAUACUCUAAUUAGCUCCGUUGUGGGAGAUAAAUAAAGUCGAUUAUAGUUUUCGAAUACUUUCAAAACUCAUAUUGUUUUAAACUUUCAUGGUCACUAACACUAACAUUAUAGUAAUAUAAGGUUUUUGCAGGAUUGUUACCAUGUACCUUGUUUCUUCUGCCAAUAACAUCUACCCGCAAUUACUUCAGUUACUCCGUGAUCAUGGCGCUUGCAACAGUGCCGAAAUAUCGGAAACUCGCUUAAAACAAGGUACAUGGUAACAAUCUCGUAAAUAACUUAUAUUACUAUAAUUUCAAAACUCAUGUUGUUAUUAAAAUAAAAUGCAAUCGACUUCUGGUCAAUAUUAAUUUAAACAUGAAUUCUAUAUACGUUUUUUAAAGAAACUGUUGUAAAAAAAGCCCUUUUUAAUUACUACAAUGUCAGAUAUUUGUAUGUGGGUGGAUAAAUAGCGGCCCUUUAAAAUUGUUAAUUUGUGAAAUACUUAAUAAGGUGGGUCUCACUAUGGCCGUUGAGCUUUUCCAUUGAUAGGCGACCUCCGUGGCCGAGUGGUUUGUACGCCGGGUUUUAUGGUGUCGCCGGCUCGAGAGGUCCCGGGUUUGAAUCCCGGUGGGGGCAGAUGUUUGUGUGAUGAAUACGAGCAUUUGUACUCCAGUCAUGGAUGUUUAAUAUGUAUUUCUAUUUACGUAUACUUAUAUAUGUACAGUCAUCAUCAGCCUAUUAAUGUCCCCACUGCUGGGGCACAGGCCUUCCCUAUGGAUGGAAUAGGGAGAAUGGGCCAUGACCCACCACGCUGGCCCAGUGCGGAUUGGUGGGUGCACAGUACAGUAUAUAUAUUCUAUCCGUUACCCUAGUAUACCUAUAACACAAGCUUUCUUUGGGGCUAGGCUAAUUGGUGUGAGUGUUGGAAAUAUUUAUUGUUUAUUUACCGUUGCGUGUUUAUUCCGCGACUAAUCGCGGCCAGGAAGACGCAUGUUUAGUUCAAUAAUUCUUGACUCGAUGUUAUUGAUAUUGUUAUCUUUAUAUUCUUUUUGAUGUCGCUUUUGCCAAUUUAUAUACAGUUUUUAUUCUACACCAGACGAUUUGGAAACGCUGCAAAUAGGAAUAAUGAGACAUUUUGUAGAAGAUGAGUUACACUACUAUCAUUUGUUAUUUCGUAAUAGUACAGUCAAUCUGUCGAAAAAAAUAUCGUUUCAGUGAAAAAAAAACCUAAAGGGUAAGUCUUGUUUUUUCUGUUGCCAAAUGACGUCAGUAAGCCACCUUGGCGAUGGGCAUGUUCAACUCGUAGGCGUUUUUUAAAAAACUCAAAAAAACCCUCAAAAAUUUUUUGAUACGCAUUUUUCUUGUUUUGUAUGCAUUUUAGAAACUUUUUUUUCAACCAUAAUUGUAGAGGGCGUUGAGUACUACAAUUAAAAUGUCAUUGUUGCAAUCUCAUACAACAAAAAAUGCGCAUUGUAGGUGGCGCUAAAGUCUCAAAAAAGUGUUUUUUCACUUUUUCAUCCAGAAAAUAUCAUUUUAAUGGAAAACUUUAAAUGGAAAAGUUGUUCCGUACAUAAUUACCAACAACUUUUGUAUAAACAAUUUUUUUUGUAUUAUUUACCGUUUUCAAGUUAUAAAUUGCGCAGGUAUGAAAAAUCCAAUAGAGCGGUUUUUGGGCAGUUUAAGUACACAUUUGCAGUGCACAUUUCAAUAUACGUUUAUACUAUUAUUUUUUUUCAUUUUUAUUUUUUUUUCAAUCACAAAAAAAAAUAAACAAUAGUAAAACGUACAUUGAAAUGUGCACUGCAAAUGUGUACUAGAACUGCCCAAAACCGCUCUAUUGGAUCUUCAUACCUGCGCAAUUUAUAACUUGAAAACGGUAAGUAAUACAAAAAAAUUGUUUAUACAAAAGUUGUUGGUAAUUAUGUACGGAACAACGUUUCCAUUUAAAGUUUUCCAUUAAAAUGAUAUUUUCAGGGUGAAAAAGUGAAAAAACAUUUUUUUGAGACUUUAGCGCCACCUACAAUGCGCAUUUUUUGUUGUACGAGAUUGCAACAAUGACAUAAAUUGUAGUACUCAACGCCCUCUACAAUUAUGGUCGAAAAAAAAGUUUCUAAAAUGCAUACAAAACAAGAAAAAUGCGUUUCAAAAUUUUUUUGAGAUUUUUUUUUUGAGUUUUUCAAAAAACGCCUACGAGUUGAACAUGCCCAUCGCCAAGGUGGCUUACUGACGUCAUUUGACAACAGAAAAAACAAGACUUACCCUUUAGGUUUUUUUUUCACCACUCAACCUACAGAUGGACUGUACUAUAAUUCAAUGGGAGGUGAGAUAGUUUAAAAAAAAGUGCAGUCUGCAUUACCACUGCUAUGAAUAAUGAUAAUAGUGAGAUCCACCCACUUUAGUGUUAUAAUAUUCGUUUUACAAGUUUAUAAAACUUUUUUUGGAAAUAUUUAUAUUGAUUGUUGUAAAUGUUUAAGGUCAUCCCCGUUACUUAUC